AUGAAUGAAAACCAGGAUAAUUUUUUGACUGUAAAUAAAAAACCAAACGAUUGUCUUGUUAUAAAUGAAAAAAAUAAAGAGCAAAAACAUUUUAUAGAUGAAGCAUCAAAUGAUUUUAUGAAUGAAGAAGCCAUGGAUUCUGAAUUUGAAAUAGAGAGCCAUGAUGAUAUGCUAUCACAAAAUGAAAUAGAAUCAUUAUCCUUAUUUUCUAAAAAAAAAUUUG